CAGCUCUUUUCUGGGAAGUCAAGACGCUGAAGGUCAAACCCUCAUCACUCCACCCCUUCCUUCUGCUCUCUCCCACCCACUGCCGGGUGCCUCAGCUCUGGGCAGCUCUGCUCCACUCGGCCGCUGGUUCCCAGAGGACAGCAGGUCUGAACCUCCUUGCACGUCUGCAGAAUCGUCAAACACCUGCCCUUUAUACUGCACGGAGGCCAGUCCCAAGACCCAGACAAACUGUAUCGGACCAUUUUGGGAAGAGGUCCAAGAGUCUAUCUGGUGAAAACUCUAGAGCAGGCAGGAUGACCCAAAACAUGCUGGCUGUGAAUGGAGUCGAUGUGGUCUCUCCGCUGUCCCAGCCCACUCACAUCGACAUCCACAUCCAUCAGGAAUCUGCUUUGGCACAGCUGCUAAAAGCUGGGAGCUCCCUGAUGGAGCGCCUGUCCCACCAUCCUGCCAAGGCCAGCAUAAGCUACGGACAGCUGGCGCUAGGGGUGACCCAGAUAUUGCUGGGGGCUAUGAGCUGUGCUCUUGGAGGGCUUCUCUGCUUGGGGCCCUGGAUUCAGCUGCGUGCCUCAGGCUGUGCCUUUUGGGCAGGGUUUGUGGCCAUUGCAGCAGGAGUCGGGGCCAUUGUCCAUGAGAAACACUGCGGCAAACUUUCAGGCUUCAUAUCAAGUCUGCUCACCCUGGCUGGCAUUGCCACGGCCGUGGCCGCCGUUGUCUUCUGUGUGAAUAGUUUAACCUGGGAACUUGUCUUCUAUGACAUCAGCUCCGUGUAUGAUUCCUUAGACCCUGACAACCCCACCUUUGGGUACGAACAGACUAGACGUACAUCGUGGAGGGAGGAGCGCUGCAGAAGCUACAUGCAAAUGCUGACGGAUUUGUUCCUAGGAAUCCGUGGUCUGCUCCUGGCCGUCUGUGUCCUGCAGGUCAUUGUAUCCUUGGCUUCCCUGGGCAUGGGUCUCCGACGCUUCUGUGGCCAGAGCUCCCGGGCCCUGGAUGAAGAAGGGUCAGAGAAGAAGCUGUGGGGGGAGAAUUCAGUGCCUCCCUCUCCCCACAAGAAGAAGAGCACAGCUGUUGUCCUGUGAGCAGCCAAAGACCCUGCCUGGACCCUGCAUGUCCCCCCAGAGUAGCCCAGGGCCCCUCACUGCCCCGUCCCUCACACUCGCUUCCUUAGGCUGCCCCUCCUCUCGCCAACACCCUCACCCGCUAUUCCCACUCCAGGGUCCUCAGUUCAGUGAACAGGUAUUGUCACAUUUUUCCCAAUGCUGAUUAAACAGAAACAACCACAAAAAAUGAUUUUGUGCAGAAA